CCGCGCGGACCUGGGUUCCCACAAUCGCUUCUUUGCGAAGAAGGCUUUUUCUUGUUGGGGGUUUGUGUUGACGUUUGGGGGCGAGAGGAAACAGGGCUGGACGGCGGGUCUUGGCGCGAGUCCAGCAUGGAUGUGGUGGACCCCCAGGAGCUGGGCGUGUUCACGGAGGGCGAGCUGAUGUCGGUGGGCAUGGACACCUUCAUCCACCGCAUCGACUCCACCGAGGUCAUCUACCAGCCGCGCCGAAAGCGCGCCAAACUGAUCGGCAAGUACCUGAUGGGGGACCUGCUGGGGGAGGGCUCCUACGGCAAGGUGAAGGAGGUGCUGGACUCGGAGACGCUGUGCCGGCGCGCCGUCAAGAUCCUCAAGAAGAAGAAGCUGCGGCGCAUCCCCAACGGGGAGGCCAACGUGAAGAAGGAGAUCCAGCUUCUGCGACGGCUGCGGCACCGGAACGUCAUCCAGCUGGUGGACGUGCUGUGCAACGAGGAGAAGCAGAAGAUGUAUAUGGUGAUGGAGUACUGUGUGUGCGGCAUGCAGGAGAUGCUGGACAGUGUGCCCGAGAAGAGGUUCCCUGUGUGCCAGGCCCACGGGUACUUCUGCCAGCUGAUCGAUGGGCUGGAGUACCUGCACAGCCAGGGCAUCGUACACAAGGACAUCAAGCCAGGGAACCUGCUGCUCACCACUGGCGGGACGCUCAAGAUCUCUGACCUGGGAGUGGCAGAGGCCCUGCACCCGUUUGCUGAGGAUGAUACAUGCCGGACCAGCCAGGGCUCACCAGCCUUCCAGCCACCGGAGAUCGCCAACGGCCUGGACACCUUCUCGGGCUUCAAGGUGGACAUCUGGUCGGCGGGGGUCACCCUCUACAACAUCACGACAGGCCUGUACCCUUUCGAAGGGGACAACAUCUACAAGCUGUUUGAGAACAUCGGGAAGGGGGACUACACGAUCCCGGGGGACUGCGGCCCGCCACUGUCAGACCUGCUGAGAGGGAUGCUUGAGUAUGAGCCGGCCCGGAGGCUCUCCAUCCAGCAGAUUCGGCAGCACAGCUGGUUCCGCAAGAAGCACCCACCAGCCGAGGCGCUGGUGCCUAUCCCCCCCAGCCCGGACACCAAGGAUCGGUGGCGCAGCAUGACCGUGGUGCCCUACCUCGAGGACCUGCACGGCUGCGCCGGCGACGCCGAUGAUGAGGGCCUCUUUGACAUCGAGGACGACAUCAUCUACACUCAGGACUUCACGGUGCCCGGUGACGAGGUGGAGGCUGAGGCAGGGCUUAGAGAGGAGACAGGCUCGCAGCGCAGCGAGGGCUCCAGCUUUUGUGGAGAGGACGCUCAGGCAGCCAUAGUGCCCGAGGACGUGCUUGAGGCCUUAGCAUAGUGGCUUGCAGCCUACCCUGCAGCCCCUACCACCACGGCCUGCUAGCUUCUCCAGUUAAAGCAGAAGGAAAUGCCCGCCCUGGGCCCAGCCCGGAGGCAGCAUCCCCUAGGGUCGGGACACCCCACCCAGGAGUGUUGGUUUUGUUCUGUGGCGGGGCUGGUUCUCAGGUUCAGUGUCAUAAAAGGUUUACCCCGCUGCUGCCGCCGUGUGUCUGGGGUGAUGCUCACGUCCCACCUGGCCCCUGUAGACCCGCUGUCUGGUGUCUGCAAAGCCUGGCCCUCCCACACCAAUCCCCGCCCCUCUCAUUUUCCCAGGCAGGUUGUUGCUUGUGGGGGAGUGGUGGGGUGGUUGUUUAAAAGGAAGACCUGGUGUAUGAGAACAGCCAAGGUUGCAGGUGCCCACGGCAGGAGAAGGCCAGAGGCCUUGCUGCACCUGAUGGAAGGCUGUGGACACUGGGAAGCCCCAAGACCUGUGGGGACAAGGGUGCACACUCGGCCACUGGCCCUGAGGAAGGAGAUGCAGCCUGGCGGGGGGGGGGGGGGUCCAGGACCUGGUCCCUGAAACCGGAGGGGAGGAAAAAAACAAGCCAGUUGCCAUUGAGUUGACCCCAACUCAUGGCGCCCCCACGUGUCAGAGUAGAAGUGUGCGCCGUUGGGUUUUUAAUGGCUGGGUUUUCAGAUUGCCAGGCCUUUCUUCUGAGGCGCCUCUGGGUAUAUCCGUAACGUUUUGAUCGGCAGCCAAGUAGGUUCGCUAUUUGCACCACCUGAGGACUCUGAAGGCUGAAAGGUGUCUUCAAGGCAUAGGUCCGGGAGCUUCUGUACCUCUCCGUGGGGUGGUUCUCACUGCCCCUAGGUAGCCCCAGCGCUCACAGUGGCUGGCAUCCUUUUCUCGGACAUGCUGCUGGUCUUUGGAGGAGUGCGUGUGGCCCGUGCCUGGUUGGCCUCAUACACAGGUGGUCCUGUUGCAUGUCCCCCUGUACCCCAGACUGUGCUGUCUGAUGCCACAGUGGGAGCCCUGGCCACACCUGGGUCCAGGUCAGGGAUGAUCUACCUGGCCGAGCCCCAGGGGUUUUUGUAAUUGGGGGGCUAGACAUGGCCUGUGCAUUCGCAUCGGGACAGGCUGGGUGGUCUGCAGUGCAGGGCCAGGCUCGUGAGCCCUCCCAGGGAGGGACACUGACCCUACCCUGUUCCUGAGACCCCAGUCAGCACAGCUUUGCUGCCCCUCAGUCAACCACAAACCAGACCCCACGUCAGGGGCCAGCACUGGGUAUGACCUGUGCUCCCAUGGCCAGAGUUGGGGAACCCACAGGUGGUGGGACAGGCCUUGAGCUGCCCCCCACAGAGGAGGCGGAGCUGAGUGGCAGGGGGGCCCAGCUGCCUGUCUGACCUGCUGUUCUUGGUAUGGCUUAGGUCUGCGGUGGUCCUGCUCAGAGAAUGACAGGGCCAGGGUACAGGGGACAACCGUCCUUGUCUGAUGAGCAGGUGUCCUGGGGCUUCCAGUGGAUGCCCUUCCCACGCCUGAGCCCCAGGUACCAGAGACAGGUAGGGGACGUGUCUCCCAGGAGCCCAAGCAAACUCCCGACUUGAGCUGAGCACUCGGGUCCCUGGACCAGUUUUGGCCACUUCAGACUGAGAGCUGUACCCUGGGCCCAGACCUGCUUCCUCCAGCCAGUUUACCCAUGGGGGUGGGUGAGGGGCCCCUGCCUCCGGCCUCCCAACCAAUGCAUGCCCCCACCGGGGCUCAGGAUGUACUGGGCCGGCCCCUGCUGCCCCUCAGCCGAGCAGCUCUGCAGGGUCACUGAACAGCAUGGUGAGUCAGGCAGGUGGGCGGUGCUGGAACAUGGCCUGGCAUCCAGGGGGCCUGGGGGGCCGGCCGGGUCCUGCGUGCAGCAAGCUCCUGCCCUGCCACACAGUGCCUUGCCCCGCGCACUGCUUCAUGCCUGCACCCCGCUCAGUUUCCACACGUGCGCCUUGCGGAGCUGUGAGGGACGACAAUUCAGGCCUAAAAAUAAAGGUUGGCACCUCAUUACUGAGGCGUCCUUUCAAAACCGGCUACUUCCUGUGUGCAAGUGGGUGCUUGUGAGCUCCGGAAGCCGCUGAGUCAGGCUCCUUGAUGCCCGCCCCCCACCCCUCAAAGAAGCAGCUCUAUUUUGGACGGCUCCCCCAUGUGCCAGGGUGGGCUCGUGAGCCCAGCACUGGUGGCGGCGGGGUGGGGUCUCCAGCACAGGUGGCUUCAACGGGCACCUUGGCCUGUUUUUGGUGCUGGUGAUUGUUGUCACUAAUUGAGCUGACCCGCCCCAGGCACCAGACAGAGGAGGCUGCUCUGGUUCCCUGCAUGCCUUCUUUGUGUCCCUGCCCCUGGGAUCUGGCAGCACUCAGCACAGACACCCACAGCACUGGCUGUGGUUUCUGUUCGCCCAGUGGCUCUCUGCUGCCCUGUGCCCAGGCACCCACUCUUGCUGGGCAGCGGGACUCUAGGCCAUGGGCUGCACAUGGGACCCCAGACGGUGAGGCCUUCCCAGCGUGGUGGGGGAGGUGGCACUCAAAGGGUUGGGUACACUGUCAGGGUGGUGGAGGCAUGGGGCAGUUUGGCCCCU